AUGCCAGACUACAAGUCCCAUUCCCCAACCGUCGACCCAGACUCGCCAACGCCGAACGGCGAAGGCCGUGGCUUGGCAAGUACUGACCAUCAACGAAUCGAUCCCGAGUCUGGGGUCAAGCGAGGGCUCAAGACGCGCCAUCUGAGCAUGCUCGCCCUUGCAGGUAUCAUCGGACCAGGUCUCCUCGUCGGCUCGGGAGGUGCUCUGUCGAAUGGCGGUCCGGCCAGUCUAAUCAUCGGGUUCGGCGUGAUUGGGAUCAUUGCGUUCUCGAUCAUGCAGUCUCUCGGCGAGAUGACCACCCUGUAUCCGACUGGAGGUGCCUUCACCGGUCUCGCCGAUCGAUUCGUCGACAAAGCGUUCUCUGUGGCUUACAACGUCGUCACCUCCGUCCUUGUCUACUGGAGCGACACCGUCCCUCAAUGGGGCUACUUCCUCAUCUUCUGGUUCGCGUUCCUAGGCUUCCAGCUCUUGGGAGUCGAGUCAUUCGGCGAAGCAGAAUACUGGCUAGCUUUGGUCAAGCUAGGUGGCCUGUGCGCCUACUUCAUCUUCAGCAUCGUCUACGUUGCAGGAGGAGUGAACGGCGACAAAGUCGGUGCUCGGUACUGGUCUGAUCCUGGAGCAUUCAACGGCAACGGCUUCCGCGGAGUUGCCUCGGUCUUUGUGUUCUGCAGCACAUUCUAUGCCGGCGUCGAGUCUGUUGCGGUGGCGGCGACAGAGACGAAGAAUCCCAAGGUCGCCGUGCCGCUUGCCGUCAGACAAGUCUUCUGGCGCAUCAUCUUCAUCUACAUGGGCUCAGCCAUCUUCUUCGGCUUGACCUGCCCAGCAAACGCGGACGGACUCAUCAACGGCGCCUCCCGGGCCCUCCGAUCCCCAAUGACAGUAGCAAUCCAAAACGCCGGCUGGAAUGGCGGCGUCCACCUCAUCAACAGCUUCAUCUUCGUCACCUGCCUCUCCGCAGUCAACAGUAGCAUCUACAUUGCGUCCCGCACCGUCCUCUACAUGGCUCAAACACGCGCCGCGCCCCGCUUCCUUGGCUACACUAACGGUCGCGGCGUGCCCGUCUACGCCAUCAUCUUCACUAAUCUGUUCGGUGCACUUAGCAUGAUGAACGUCUCCACCGGUGCUUCCAAAGCCUACUCAUACAUUGUCAACCUCUCCGGGGUGUCGACCUUCAUCGUCUGGGCCGCCAUCUCCUUCAUCCACAUCAAGUUCCGUCGCGCGUGGACGCACCAGGGUCGGACUACUGCGGAGCUGCCGUUCAAGUCGAUGUUGUACCCAUGGAACGCGUAUUUCGGAUUGUUCGCGAACGUAUUCUUGGCGUUUGUGCAGGGGUGGACGACGUUGAGUCCGUUUGAUGCGGGGACGUUCGUGGAUGCGUAUAUUUUGCUGCCGCUGUUUCCGGUGAUUUACUUUGGGUAUAAGUUGGUGUUUAAGACGAAGCUGUGGAGAAAGCACGAGAUUGAUUUGGAUCGUGGACGCAGGGCAGAUCUGGAUGCGGCGAAGGAGGCAGUGGUCAGUCACGGGAGUGGGCCUGCAGCGGAUGUGCCAGCAAGGAGACCAUCGGGGUGGCAAAAGGUGUGGAAGAACUUCUAG